UUUAAUUGCCAGAAUUUAGAUGCUAAACAAAAGCACAAUCAAAAUGUCCCACCUUCUUUACCUGUUCUUGCUCAUCUGUAUACAUAUCAAAAUGACCAACGGCGCCCGGGCCUCCAGUACCGUAACGUACUCUCCCAUAAGAUCGAACAGCGCCUCCAAUGCCCGCGUCAUAGGGUACCCUGCCUUAAGCCCGCACAACGCCUCCACCACAGCGUACAACGCCUCCACCGCAGCGUACAACGCAACAGAAGUAAUCCUCCUAAGCUGUGGCGCAUCAACAAUCACAAACGACACCAGCCUCCGGAGCUGGGACAGCGAUCAAGGUUCAAAAUACGUGUCAUCAAAUGCUCCCAUAUCUUCAGCUUCCGAAGCUCUCACUAUGGAGCCUUGGGUUCCUGCAGUCCCUUACAAGACAGCUCGUGUUUUCCAGUCCCCUUUCACAUACAAUUUCCCCCUCCGCCUUUACCUGUACCCCAGCGUCUAUUCCGACACCAACACUAGUCAAUCUUUCUUCUCUGUCAAUGCCAAUGACUUCACCCUGUUUACAAACUUCAGUGCUUCCCUUUAUUCCGAGAGUUUGAAACGACCUUUUUUUAUGGUGGAAUUCAUUGUUAGUGUUGGAGCAACACAAAGACUCCUUUUAACCUUCACCCCAAAUCCAAAUUCUUCUGCUUUUGUAAACGGAAUCGAAAUUGUGUCCAUGCCUGAUAAACUCUACCUUGAUGAAGAAGAUGUGCCAAUCAAAUAUGGGGAGGGAUUGUUUAAUCUCAACAGCAAUACGGCUUUGGAGAGUCUUUACAGGCUGAAUGUGGGCGGCGACACGGUUGAGAUACAAGAAGGUGGCAUGUUUCGGGGCUGGAGUCCUGACGAUGGCAACUUAAUCUUGGCAGAUUCGGCUUUCGCACUUCGUGAUAAUGGAAGUGUGAUCAAAUACACCAACAGUACUCCUCCCUAUACCGCGCCGCAAGUAGUAUACCUAUCUGGUAGAACAACGCACAACAUCAGCCAAGGUGUAUUGUGGGGAUUCCCAGUUGAUUCUGGAUUCUUCUAUCUGCUCCGCUUCCACUUUUAUGAAUUUGUGUAUACAAAGAAAAACGAAAGAAAUUUCACGAUGACCAUCAAUGAUGACGAGUUCUUAGAUGUCGAUAUCGUCUCCUUGGCAGGUGGCCCUGAUAUUCCCAUCUUCACAGACUGCAUAACAUGGAUUCCGGAUGUUGGAAAUCGCGGGAAGGCUGAACUUGGGCUACUUAUGGUGAGUUCCCAUGAGAGGCCUUUGCUGAAUGGCUUAGAAAUUUUCAAACUAAAUGAUACGACAGGAAGUUUAGCAGCAUCCAUCCCUCAACCCGUGACGGAUUCACCGCCAACGAAGGCACCGAAGAAGAAAAACGCUGCUGUUGUAAUUUACAGCGUGGUGGGCAGUGUUAUCGGCGUGGUUGUGGUGGUUGCAGCCGUGACUUUCUUGAUUCUCCGGCGGCAGCGGAAGUCAACAAGGGGAUCCCUGCGUUGUGAUACAUGCAGAUACUUGUCAAUCGGCGAGAUCAGGACCGCCACCCGCAACUUCGACGAAAGCUUCAUCAUCGGCAGGGGAGGCUACGGCAAUGUGUAUAGAGGCCUCAUCGAUAACGCGGCCACAACUGUGGCAAUCAAAAGGCUCAGCUCCAACUCCAACCAAGGCGCUCACGAGUUCCUCACCGAGAUCGACAUGCUCUCCAAGCUUCGCCACCUCCACUUGGUCUCCCUCAUAGGCUACUGCGACGACAACGGCGAGAUGAUCCUGGUAUACGACUACAUGGCCCGUGGCACCCUCCGUGACCACAUCUGCAACCCCGACAACUCACCCUUAAUGUGGAAGCAACGCCUUCAAAUCUGUCUAGGCGCUGCCAAGGGACUGGACUACCUCCACACUGGCACCAAACACGCCAUCAUCCACCGCGACGUUAAGUCCACCAACAUCCUACUCGACGGGAAAUGGGUGGCCAAAAUCUCAGAUUUUGGACUGUCCAAAAUGGGACCAGAAAACCAGUCAUUCACUCACAUCAGCACCAACGUUAAAGGCACAUUCGGAUACUUGGAUCCAAAGUACUACACCACCGGUAAACUGACGAGUAAAUCUGAUGUAUAUGCUUUUGGGGUGGUUUUAUUUGAAGUUAUAUCUGGAAGAGCUGCAGUGGACACGAGACUUGAGGAGGAGCAACAUAGCCUAGCCGGGUGGGCUCGGUAUUGCAUACAAGAGGGGAAACUGGAUCAGCUGAUUGACCAGAGCUUGAUGGGGCAGAUUUCAGCAGCAUGUUUGGAAGCGUUUGUUGGAAUCGGAGGCAGAUGCUUACAUUUACAGCCGCAAGAGAGGCCUGCCAUGGGAGAUGUAGUUAAAGGCCUUGAGUUAGCCAUGGCAUUACAAUAGGACACACAUCCAGUUGAAAACCAUGGAAAUGCUUUUUGCUCAUCUCUGUAUGUUCAAGGUUUAGAGAGGUGAAAUUGAAUUACAAAUUUCAUUGUAUCUUCCAAUUGAACUUCAACAAUCGCUUCAAGUGUCGAACCAGUUGUCAAAUAAAGCCAAAGUGAAAAAUAGAGUAGUCCCAUCGGAGUUCGGAUCAAUCCCCACUCGAAUGACGAACUGACUGAGUCAGGCGGUCAGCCUGUAAUUUCAUGAGACAUCCCUAUAGGCAACAUGGUCCUCUCACAAAGAACUGUUUUAUAGAAAACUAUU